AAACAGAGGAAAAAAGAAAAAAAAAUAGUUACAAGAUGGCGACCAACAACUGCCUGAACACUGGAAAACAAUAGAGACAGCGCAGUAGGGCAGAGUUUAUUUCUUUACCGUUUGCUUUCUCGUUUUCGCGUCGAGUUAACCCGGGGGACAGGAGUCGGUUGUGUGUACUUCGAGACUUUUAAAGCGCAUUUGGAAGAAAGUGAGUUUAUAAUGCUUUGUUUGAGGGUUAGUUAGCAUUCAGGCUAAGCUACAUCCGUAGCUAAUGUAACUGUGAGGAGGAUCAGCUGUUAGCCGCACUGCUAGUUUAAAAGUUACUUUUACUACUAAAACUCACUCGUAACUCUCUAAUUUGGUGUUUUAAAGCUGAAUGGAUGUAAUGUAGACGGUUUUACACAACACUUUCUAACCUUUCGUCGAAGGGUUUUUAUUUCAAGUACGUCUUUUGUCAAACUUCAGCUGUGAGGCGAUAAAACUACACGUUUAUUUUGAAGUUGUUGCUGAAAUUUUCGCGACAAGACAGAGAAAUCGAUUUAACGACGUGUUGUGAAUAUAUAGGCCUAAACGUGAGGUAAAUAUUAUUUAAAGGGUUUGACGUUUUCAAAUAGAGUAAAACUUUUCAAACUUUCCUCUAAAUUAUUUUCGUGUCUAACUUCUAAGAUGAAUAAUUUAUUAGUGUUCGCGAACUCUUUCAUUCAUAAAAUGGCCGUUUUAACUUCAUUCUGGCUUGUGUCAGGACUCCGGGCUUGAGUAUAGUUAGAUAAGAAGGAUUGUUCAGUGAUUUUUGUGCGUUCGUUUGUUAAAAGGAAACUUUUUUUCUGAAUACAAGCGCUCACAUCUGAACUAUGUGCCAUUUCUUUUGUUGUAUAAGGAGGCAGAUAGUGAUAAAAAUGGAGUGUGUUUUGUAAGGACAGGCUCGCAAACACACUCAAACGGCACGAUCAGUCUGUGAGUUGUGCUGCUAGUAUCCAGAGACUUUAUAAACGCGGAUGAUGGCGGAUUUCGUGGUGCCGCGGCACAACGCGGUGAUGGAGCGGCUGCGGCGGCGGAUCGAGCUCUUCCGGCGGCAUCACACCGGCUGUGAGAACCGCUAUGAAAGCACGGCCGGGGAGCGGCAUGAGAUGGGUCGACAGCAGACCUAUGCACUGCACCAGCGCUGCCUGCAGACCAAGGCCAAGCGCUCGAACAAGCACAGGCAGCCCGCGGCGGCGAGCGCGGACCCGGCGGGGCAGAGAGGGACCGGCGGCGGCGCUGAGCUGGCGGACGGAGGGAGCGGGACGCCCGGGGAGCAGAGCAGAAACAACACGCUGAUCGCGUUACAGGAGACUGUGAAAAGGAAGUUGGAGAAUGCUGGUUCACCUCUUGGCCGUGACCAAGUCAACGGUUUCACCGAUGGUUACCCGCCCAAUAAAAAGGCCUGUGUUGAGGAUGCGCUAGCCGGUCGUAACGGGGUCUCAAAUGGCACUGUGCCUCCUCUUUCGCCCAUGGACACUAAACAUAAUGUGAGUACUGACGGCAUGAUGGCCAAUGGGAACCACAGAGCAGUCGGUGCAGAACACAACGGAGCAGGAAUAACCGAUAGCGGUGCGUCACGUGGCUCAGAGUCCGAUUUCCGCCUGAAAGAAAUGAAGCAGGAGCCGGUGGACGAUAUCUUGCCCUGCAUACUGCCCACAGGAGGUGUGACUGGAAACAACAGCCUCUUCCCUGACCUCAACCUCGACGAUCAGGACUGGAGUGAGAUCAUGGAGGAGUUCAACCGCUCCGUACCCUACGAGGACAUCCAGGAGCUCUUCAGUGACAGCUUUGGUGAUCGCAAAGACCCGGAGCUCACGUCCACUGCGGCUCAGAGCUUGAUCCCGCCAGAUCUGGCGAGUGUGAAGACUGAAUUUUCCCCCGCUACGGCUUCCUCUGCCUUCGAUCAGGACUCUUGUAACGGUUCACCUCAGGUGAGACCUACUUCAUCCGGGCCGCCGCUUCACACCAACUCCCCUGUAACGGCUCCGGCCACGUCGCCGGCCCUGCCGCAGCAUUCACAACAGCCCAACAGACCACUCCCAAAUCACAUGAUGCCCGUCCCACCCAAAGACCUGUCCCCCGCGCAGCAGCUGCAGCAGUUAGCGGCACGUGAACAGCAGAGAGCGAUAUUACAAAGCCAGCAGCAGCAACAUGUGGUUCAGAAGCCGCCUCAACAAAAACCUCAGCAACCGCAAGCGGCGAAAUUCCACCAGCAGCCCAACCACUCUACAUCUUGGCCCCAAAACGCUCCCAGCCAAACUCAAAUGGGUGGGACAUUUGGUCUUGAGAAGCCCACCAGCCCUUCUUUGUACCCACAAGACUUCCCCAACCCCAAGACCCUGCUCAUGCCGAACAAGGGUUCUCCAAAAGCAGGCACUCCGGCCGGGUACAUGCAGCCCGGCGGCCACGCCAACAUGUUGAGCCACCCAGCAGCGCCCACGGGGCCUCUCAGCCACCCGCCCAACCCAGCAUCCCAGGCGGCCAUGUUGGACUACAAUAACACUAAACCCCUGUCCCAUUAUGAGGCCGGAGCAGCAGGCGCACCCAGAGGCCCUCCGACCACACAGAGCCAGAACAAACCGAGCCAGGUCAUCCUGAGCCUGAUGCGACAGCAACAGCAACCGCUGCAGAAGCAGAGGCCGCCCAGCAUGAACUUCAGACCAACGCACCUCCAGCAUGCUCAGGAUUCGGGGUCAUACCCCUCCACCGCUCAUGUUCCUGGCCCAGGAAACACCAUGACGCCGCAGCCCAGCAGCAACAGCAUCCCGGCUAACCAUAGUAACACAGCCUACAUAAAGCAGCAGCAGAUGCAGUUCCUCCAGAGACAGAUGAUGGCCGAGCAGGAGAAGCAGCGGCAGCAACAGGAACAGCAGCUGCAGAGGCAUCUGACCCGUCCACCGCCUCAGUACCAGGACCAACAGAACCCACAGGCCCAGCAGAACCCAUUCCAGCAGCAGCAGGUGCCGCAGUUCGCCGGUGUGCCACCCUGCCUGGCCCAGCAGCACCCCUCAGGCUUCCCCGAACACACCAUCUCGGGUGCAUCUCAACCAAUAGGAAAUGUCAACUCUCUCAGUGGCGCCGCCCCCGGAACGCAGCGGAUGUUCCCUCAGACACCAGGCAUGAUGGGAAUGGGGGUGGGCCAGAAUGCUGGCCCAACCACUGGUCCCUCUCCGGCUGCCAGUCAAGCAGACAUGAGCCUUCCAUCCUGUGCAGGCGGUCUCGACGUGCAGCAAGUCCUCUACGCCAACAUGCCCAUGCAUCCCUCCCAUCCCAACCAGCAGAGACCACAAAUGUCGGCCAUGUCUGCCGCUUACCGACAGAACGUUCUAGCGGCCCAGCAACAAGCACACUUGAAAAACCAGCCCAAUGCUGCCAUGAUGAAGCAGCAGCAGCUGGCCCGUCUGCCCAACAGCAUACCCAACGCCAUGGCUAAUAGCAUGGGGUCUGCUAUGCCAACCAGUAUCCAGGGUGCCUUGCCCACACAAGCCCAGUCCUGGCAGCAGCCGCCGCCCCAGCAGCAUCCAGGUCUCCAGCCUGGCUCUGCUAACGGAGGCAUGCCAGCAGGUUUCCCCAACUCCGCCUUCCACAUGCAGUCAAGAUUGUCCAAACUUCCCAACAACACCCCGUUUUCUCAGGGUGGCAUGGGAAAUAGUGCGGCAGGUCGAACCUUGGCAGGCAUGAACCCUGGACAAAUGAUGCCUAACAUGAACCAACAACGGACAAAUAUGCCCCAACAACUGCCCGCUCCCGGCCAGCAGACGGCCCAGCAGGGGCAACCGCAAGUGCCGCCUCAAACCCAACAGGUUCUGCCCGAUUUGGGGGGCUUCAGCCAGCCACAGGCUGGACCCAAUCGCACCGCAGGACUUCAGUGCAAUCAGACUUAUCAGCUCAGCAGGACAGCCAAUCAGCAGCUCCAGUUUAGCUACAACACCCAAUCGGGAAGCAGCUUGUCCGGGUUUCCUGCUGAGACCGACCUGGUGGACUCUCUGUUGAAGAAUCAAUCGACUCAAGAGUGGAUGGACGAUAUAGACGAGCUGUUGGCCAGUCACCAAUGAGUGAUAACGAAGCCAAUGCUGGUGCCUUCAGUAGAAAACGUGAACGUCCGGUUUUGGAUGUUCCUGCUCGUAUCACGGUCAGAUCUGCUGUGUUCUCUAUUGAAUAUGUAUAUGGUGUAUAUAAUAGAAGUCGAGUAGAGCACAGAGCCUGCGUCACUGAAGUAUUCUCUGGACUGGAAGUUUCAAAGAGGGAAGCGCUCUACUACUGAACCUGUGGCUCAGUAAAACCACUGAAUUUGAAUGAGUGCGUGCUCAGGCACACGUUCAGCCAUUCAUACGGUUGUGUUGCCUAUGUGUAGGCAAGAGGAGGGUCUCUUCAAUGUCAGGAAUGUCUUGACACGGUUCCACAGGCCUUAAAUUUGCACUCUUGAAGAUGCACAAUAUGUGAUUUAGAGUAAAAGAGUCUAAAACAUUAGUUCACCCAAAAAUGUCAUUUACUCACCCUCAAUAUCGGUCCAAAGCCAUAUAUGACUGCUUUUCCUUCAUGAGGGGACAAAAAAACGGCAAAUUUUGCGUUUUGGCCGUUCAUUUACAUUUGGGGGCCUGAAAAUGCAAACUUUUGAAAGUUUUUGAACAAUACCGCUCCCGUCUCUGUGUAAACUACAAAAAGGCGAAUUUGUGAAAACGGUGACGUCACGCACAUGUGUUACGUAGUUUAUUGGUUUCUCUACAAAGUGACAUCGCCAUCUACUGGCCUGGCAGCAGAAUACAGCGUUUUUGCAUUCAGGCGAUCAAAAAACGAAUCCGUUUGAACGGAGAUCAUUUUGACAACAUUGUCGUCUGUACGCGGGAAACGUUAUAUUCUGCUGCCAGGCCAGUAGAUGGCGAUGUCACUUUGUACAGAAACACUACGCACUGAUCAUUCGUCACAAGUCAUAUGAAGAGUUUGGAAAGACAUUAGGGAAUAAACUUUAAUUUGGGUGAACUGUCCGCGUUGCGUACAUGGCUCUUAUGUUCCACAUGGAUAGUUUUGCAUUGACUAAAUUUAGGAACUAGAUGUGUUUGAUCAAGUCGUGACAGCUUGAAGGAGUGUAGAUGAGACGUAAUAGUGAAGAGGAAGAACGUUUGAUCUGACAAACUCCACAAUUCUCCAGUGAACGUGGACUUACACUUUCAUAUGUUACACUACACUUUAAUAUUUCUUUUCUGGAAUUGAAUUUGAAUGGAUUUGGUAAGAGGGUUAAUAUUCCUGUUUUCUCCCUCUGAUGUUACAUUAAGGGGCGGGGAUCCCAACCGCGUUACCUGGACUCUUGCUUCAUCCCAGAUUCUGUGACAGGAUUUCAUGUAUAUUUAUAUAUUUGUUUUGUUUUUUUUGUUUUUGUAUGUAUGCAGUUUCUAUUGUUCAGGAGAAGAUAGAUCUUAUUUUUAUAUGUACAUUGUUGCAAAUUUUUGUAAGUAUUUUAUACUUUUUAUUAUUGUUCUCUGUAAAACAAGAGUAUUAUGUAAAUAUAGUUCUCUAGAAAUGGG